AUGCCUGUGCAAGCGCCCUCUCAUUCUGGGAUGAUGCCUCUUUGCUCUCUCGGCUGGGCUGCUGACACUUCUCGACAGCAAUUCCUCCCCUGCUCUGUGGAUCAUAUCCCAGAUCUUGGGCAGUCUUGGGGGCGGCAUAAUCCUCACCACUACAAUCCUAGCGAUUUAGGCUUCGCUAACCGCGGACUCUGUUCGGACGUUCAACGAUCAUCCCCCGUUAAAGGCACCGAUUAUUGGAGUUUAUACCGAGGCCCCCAAACGGGUGUGGCAAAUUCCCAUCGUGUUCACAAUGUUUGGAGUUCCGCCUGCACCCGUGGUCGAGGAACUCGAACUUCGAAAGACAUGGUAACAGAUCUUGGAUUGAAGCAGGAGCCAAGGAAAGGCGGCCUGGAAGUUCAGACAGCAGAAAUUGCAACUCCAGAUGGUGCUAAAGACGACGGAAAUGAUCAUGCUGCUGUAGAUAGGUCUAGAUCAGUCUCUGCCAACCGACUUCGACAAGGUUCAACGGGAGAAACGGCUGAGGUAGACUCUACAGCCAACCUUUCAAUACACUUCUUUUUAGCCCCUGGCUGUUUGUUCCAGGCUCUCGUGGCCAAAGAUCCCACCUCGUGA